UGUAUUUUGUAGUGACACUUGAAAUUACACAAACUUUAAUGGCUGCCGUUCAGAAAGCAAAUAAUUAUUUUUAGCUUUUGAUAUUUCGUCCGUGAAAAGUGAACUCUUAAACAAUUAAAUAAUUAAAAUAAAUGUGCUUGUAAGUGUUGCAAAAAUGUCUAACGCAGCAGCAGCACAAUGGGUGAAAUUCUUCAAUGCCUCUGGUAUACCUUCACCAGCGGCAGCCAGUUACGCACAUAUAUUUGUGGAAAACCGCAUACAAAAUGAUAUGUUAAUGGAUCUCAAUAAAGAAUAUUUGCGUGAAAUGGGCAUAACACCAAUGGGCGAUAUAAUAGCUAUAUUAAGGCAUGCAAAGAAUGUGAGUGACCAAACUGCUCGAGAAAAGGUGCUUAUAAAUUCAGAAAUGUGUGUGCCCAUUGCGGCCGUACCGGCAAAUCCACAUUUAGCACAAGAGCGUCCCUCGACGACUACCAUGGUUAGGCUCAAAUCUGUGCCAGUAACAUCAAGUACUUCAAGCUCUAGUAGUAGUCGUACAUAUCUUAAAGGUUCAGAUGAUGUGGGCGAACCGAUUAUUAAACAAGCUAGACGCGUUUUACCAGAACACGAAGGCAAAUAUAAAAUAAAACUUCCUUCUGGCAACACAAAACGCAGCAAAGAAAUACUUGCCAAAAAAGAAAAAUUAUAUUCACAACGUGAAAACACACAACGUUCCGCGGUAUUUGAACGUCUAGCCAAAAACUCUUCAUCCACCAUAGAUUUGGCCAGAGAGGAUACAGAUGACGGUGAAAUUAGUAGUGGCAGUAAUAGCAGUAAUGCGAAGGAAACAACUAUACGCAAUGUGCAAGUACGUGUGACUGGUGUUGGUGGGAGCAAUAAUAAAGCUCCUACUGGUUCAUCCAUAUUUUCACGUUUAGGCGGAAAAUCACAGGGAGAUGCUGAUAAUGAUUUAAUCAUGGCUAAACAUAUUAAACCAAUACUAAAAAAUACGUCGAAAACUACAAGUCGUUCAACUAUUGUCAAAUCAAAGAUUGUAACUUCAAAUAUAUCGCCAGUGCGUAUACAUCCACAGAAGCAAAAGGUUAUCCUGGUGAAGAAAGUACCAUUGAAAACAAACGAAAGUGAUGACGACGAUAAUAAUUCAAUGUAUAGUGGUAAUGACGUUGAUAUGGAUGAUAUUGUUACCAGCUCCAAUACUGUAAGCAGCAGUGAGAAAAUUGUGAAAUUUGCGUCUACAGCGGAGGUGCAUGAAAUAGCCUCGGAACCGCGUUAUAAGCAAUCACCCAAUGAGAGAAAUUACAAAUCCAGCGCUGUAGGCGCAUAUCAAGGAAAUGCUGCAGGUGGCGUUAAAUCAAGACUGGGUUUGAACACGAUCUUGCAUAGCACAAAGAAAACGUACAACUUAAAGGCUGCAAGCAAUAUCAAUGGCAAAACACGUAUUAGUCCCGUAAAAGCUAAAUCCAUACGUUUGAAGUCAGAUGAGAUUAUAAUGCGACAAGAAUUGCCAGUUCAUCGUCGUUUGGGUGGUGGCAGCAAUAUUAGCAGCACUACAACACACGGCAAAUCGAUGUCGUCGCUUUCAAAGCGGGUCGGUAAAGUGAAUAUAUCCAAGAAAUCGUCAACAACACAAAGGAAACCGCAAAAGCAAUCAGAGUCAUCAGUUUUCGACCGUUUAGGUUUUAAUAGUUAAGUUGUCAUUGUUUCGAAUAUUAUACCAUUUUCUAAUUUGUGAAAAAGAGCAAAAAAUAAGUUGCAAUCAACUAUAACAUAUUUCAGCGAAAAAUAAAGCAUAAAUUUGAAUUGUUUCGCGAUAAUCCAAACGAUUCAAAUUUCUACAAUUAAAUUUGUUUAGGAGUUACUUACAUGCUCGUUUAUGAUUUUAAUAGACUAACAGAGACUGUGGAGAAUUAAUAAAGAAAUUUGUUUAAAUUAA